AGGUCUGCUUCGUGCAGCCUCUUCGUUAUCAGCCCAGAGGAUCGAGUCCGGAGGAUCGAGCCCUGUGUGUGUGUGUGUGUGUGUCUCUAACGUGUGGGUAUCGGCCCUGAAAUGAACGAGGAGUCCUCUCAUCGGAGACAGACACCGGGGGAAGGACUCACACUGUCCCGGGAAGCAGCUCCGAGCGGCGGGUUAUUAUCUCCGAUCACCGGCGGUAAGGACCGGGUAACGACGGCUCGCGGUGCGGCUGGUGUGUGCCUGACAGCCGGGGGAUGGUGCAGAGGAGCCCGCGGUGCUGUGGAGGAAUCCUGAGCACACACCACGGAUAAUACGUGACGAGACAGUGAUAUUAGUGGGGAGGUGCCGCGCCAUGUUCCCGAUGCACCUGCACCUCCAGGAAAUGAACGGGGAUCCUGAGCUGAUGAAACCCUCUCAGUGACGGUCACAGUAUUUAUCAACCUGCUUUACCUUCCCUGCUACUAAGAACCCCAUGUGGGACCAAUACUCCACCAGCCGGAUCACUGCUGCCUCAACCUCGUCUUUCAGCCAAUGAAUCAAAUGCCAUUGUAAGAACCAGUGUCAUGAGGAGCUCGACACCGCAUCAGAUGCUUUUAUUUUGACAUGAGUGUCUUUUCUUUACACUGAGGCUCAAGGUGUCAUCCAUCCUUUAGAGGGGGGCUGGAGCCGAUCCCAGCUCACAUUGGGUGAGAGGUGGGAUACAUUUUGGACGAGUUCACGCCCAAUUAACCUAACCCCAAUCUGCAUGUUUUAAUACUGUGGGAGGAGGAGAAAAACUCCACAAAGAAAGACCCCAGCCUUACCGUGUCUCAAACUGGGAGGCGACUAACCACCGUGGUGCACCGGUGUCUUCAUGUGACAGCUAAUACGAUAUUCCUCUGCACCUAAAUCACCAUUGACCUGUGGAAUGCUCGAUCUCAAGAUGAAGGAGGCGUGUCGCAUUUGUGGCCGGGAGCUCUGCGGCAACCAGAGGCGAUGGAUCUUCCACCCCAGCCCCAAGCUCAACCUCCAGGUGCUGCUGUCCCAUGCCCUGGGGCAAGAGCUGACCCGGGACGGCAGAGGGGAGUUUGCCUGUUCCAAGUGCAUCUUCAUGCUGGACCGCAUGUACCGCUUCGACACGGUCAUCGCCCGCGUGGAGGCCCUGUCCAUCGAAAGGUUGCAGCGGCUCCUGCAGGAGAAACACCGGCUGAGGCAGUGCAUCGGUGGACUCUACCGGAAAACCAACUCAGAAGAGGGAGCAGUGACACUUGCUGGAAGUAAUGAAGUGCCAGGCGAUGGCAUGGUGGACAUCUCGGGUCUCACUCAUGCAAAGUACUGUGCCCUGCUCCAGGAUGACCUGGUCUACUCUUUGUACGAGUCCUGGGCUGACGACAACCCAGACUGUCAACAUCACCACCACCCACAGUGUCCUGCAGGACCAGGGUCAGAGAUCACUGUCGCAGGCUCACAGCGCUUUUUGCCCAGCACUCCCAGGAGGUGUCGAGGGUGUUCCCACUGGCGGGUGGCAGACUCUGAUUAUGAAGCUGUUUGUAAGGUGCCCAGGAAGUUGGCAAGGAGCAUUUCAUGUGGGCCAUCAACCAGAGAUUCAGCCAGUUUUAUCGGAGUAGGAGGUGGUGGAGAAAAAGAUCUAGAAAGUGUUGACAAUUCAGAAGAACACCCUUCCUCUCUCACUCUGGUCCCCGGUUCUCAGGACCCCUCGAGGAGAUCAGACAGUGAUCGAACCCUGGCCGGACGUAUCAGCUCCAGCCCCUCGGUAGCGUCCCUGGAGACGUCUGAGGACUACCUCCAGCCUGGGGCCAUAACAGAUGGUCCUCUGAGGUCCCCCAAGGACCCUAUAGAUGACCGGAUGUUUGACUCCCUCUCUGAGGAGCACAUGGGAGCCCCCCAUGGUCUAGUCUCACCUGGGCCCAGCCUCUCUGCGGCCCUCUGUUUUCUGCAGAGCUGUGCCAUCUACCGGCCAGUCCGGAGCUCUAAGGGAAGCAAGCUGCCAGUGCUCCUCCGGAAGAGCUCCAGUAACGGAGCCAUGAGGCUGGGAUUCUCUGAUUCUGUCCUCGGAAUGUCGUAUGGAACUCCAGACGGAGAAGGUUACAUCCUGAUGUCAACACCUGAGCUGGAGACCCCUCUGAUCAGUCUGAAUCAGAACUUCAACCUGACUGGCAUGGAGGAUAUAUUAGAAGAUCUGUACAAAGAGUAUCCUCGGCCACCUCCACACCAGAGUCUUGUUGAGGAGCAGCAAAGCCAGCUGAACCAGUAUGAGUGUGCGGCCGGUCAGUGUGUCAACGAGCUGCAGAAGGCCCAGCUCCACGUUCAGUCUCUGCAGGCCAAGAUCCACGAGAGCGAGGCCAACAAUAUGAGGCUGCAGGAGAAUCUGAAGGAGAUGGAGUUUGAGCUGCGUUCACUUCGCCAGGCGGCUCAGAGUCAAGAAAGAACCAUCCAGGACCUCUCUGAGUCAAUGAGCACAAAAGACACUGAGGCUCAGGAGCUGUAUCAGAUGAUUGAAGGGCAGAACGCCACCUUGUGCAAGCUGCAAGAAAUAGUCCACCGCAACCAGCUCACUCAACGCAAGGUUCAGGAGGGGGCCAGCGAGUCCUUGACGCUCGCCCAUCUGCAGAGUGAGCUGGUGGGGGUGCAGAGCUCCCUGUUCUCCCUCGGCCUGGAACUGGAGGCCAGCCAGAGGAGUCUUAGACAGAACCAGCGGCAAGGAGACGACUUAGAGAGGUUCAAGGACAGACUGAACUCCGAUCUGCAGGAGGCGCUGCAGCACCGGGAGGUCACGGAAAAACACAACCAGGACCUGCGCUGUGCCCUCCAGAAAACCCGCUGUGAGCUUCAGGCUAAAGAAGCAGCCCUGAAGGCGAGCGAAGCUGAGAAACUCACUGUGGUGCUGGAAAAAGAAAGAGGCCUCGAACAGCUCAAACACAGCCUGAAGGACAAGGAGCAACAGUUGGAGGACUACUCAGACAUGUUGGAUUCACCAGCAAGCUCCAAAUCAAGAGAUGCUCUGCUGGAGAAACUAAAAGAGCGUAUAAAAGACAGAGACAGAGCUCUGGAGCGCUCCAUUGAUGACAAGUUCCGCAGUGUGGAGGAGCGCGAGGCCCAGGUGAGGGGGCUGCAGCUGGCUCUCAGGGAGAAAGAGCGAGACCUGGAGAGACUGAACUGCAUCCUGUCCAACAACGAAGAGACCAUCACGAGUCUGGACGGUUUGGUGCGAGGCAAAGAGCUGGAGCUGGAGCAGGCGGCCGAGGCCUACAGGAACCUCCAGUGGCUGAAGCAGCAGAGUGAGGAGAAGGAGAGAAACACUCUGAGAGAAAAGGAGACCAUCAUCAACCAGCUGCAGGCGGCCCUGCAGAGCCGCAGCCAGGAGGCUCAGGAUCUGACGGCCGCCCUCGUGGCCCGAGUGCAGGCCGGUCCCACUGAGGUUGUGGAGGAGCUGAAGGCUCGGCUGGUGCUCAAAGAGAAACUGUUCCAGGAGCUGCUGUCAGACCGCAGCCGCCAGUCGAAUGAACACCAAGCCCGGGUCCAGGAUCUGUUCAACACUCUGAGCUCCAAAGACCAGUAUCUGCAGGAUUCCUCCUACAGAUUGUCCUUAGUGAUCAAUGAGCGGAGCGGCCAGCUGCAGGAGCUACGCAGACAGAAGUUGCUACGAGAGCAGGAGCUGCACGAGCUGAGACGGGACAAGGAGAGGGAGAUGGGAGGAGAGAAGGAGCACCUGCAGAUUCUGCUCAAAGAGAAGGAAGCUUUUGUCAAGGAGCUGAUGCAGGGUCAGGAAGAGGCAAUGCAGCUGUCUUCUCAAGAGAGUGAGGCAGAGAUGAAGACCCUCCAGGAGGAGCUGCAGCUGGUCCUGAGGAAGGAGAGAGAGGCUCAGGAGGAGCUCUCUGCUCUGCGUUUGUCUUUAGCUCAGCAGCAAAUCGAAGGAGUGCCCACAGAAGACGUCUCUGAUCCCCAAUGUGUGCUGGAGCAGCUUGUGUCAGAGUACAACAAGCUGAAUGAUGCCCUGAGGGCAGAGAAGAGAUUAUACCAAAAUCUCAUGCACAUGCACACCAAGAGUGACAGCAGCUCAGAGGCGAGGCAGGCCCUCCACACUGAGCUCGACUCGGUUCAGGCGCUGCGUGGACAGCUGGAGGAAGUGCUGGCCAGGACCCGUAACAUGGCGUUGGUGCUGGAAAGGGCGGCCAAACGGCAGCCCGACUUUGGAGAGCUCAGCACAGAGGAGGAGGAGGAAGGAGACGAUGAAGAUGCCAGCAGUGACGAGUUCUCGGACAGCAUAGAGGAGGAUGAGGAUAAAGUGAAGGCGAAAAGUUUGUCUUCCGUUCAGGCUUCUGUGACGUCUCCUGAAGCCGAGGCUGUGACUGCAGGGCUGGUGAGGGCGUCACUGUCCCAGAGAGCUGAACUAAAGCAGCUCGAGGAAGAAAAGAAGACACUUGAAGUCCAGCUCGAGGAAGUAAAGUCACAGCUGGAGAGGGAUGGAUACACAUCUGUGGCCCAGAUGAGGAGUGCAGUGCAGAAGCUGCAGGAGGAGAACCAGGCUUUGAAAGAAGGACAAGCUGGAGCUGUGGGACUUAGGACAAACACAGAGGAGAGUCACAGGAGCCAGAACUGGGAAGAAGAAGAAGAAGAAGAGGAGGACGAAGAGGAGGACAUUGAGGAGGACAUUGAAGAGGAAGAUGAAGAGGAGGGAACAUCUUCGGUGCUGGUUGGGAAGCGAGGUCCUCCGUGUGUUAAUGUGAGUGAGGAGCCGGGGAAGAGGCGCUGCACCAGGCCAUGCUCCCUGGACCUCGGCACGCUGACAUCCCAUCAUUACACACACCAGGAUGUGGAGCCUGAUGGUGAGGGGAGCGAGGUGGGAGCGCCCUGGCAGGAUGUAGACGAGGGUCUGGGCGAGCAGACGGCCCGCCUGCGCUCGGACCUGGCUCUGAGCCACCAGGAAAACAGAGAGCUGCAGGAGAGACUGAUGGUGUCUGAGGCCACGGUCCACGCUCAGGCGGAGCAGCUGAAGGACUACAGAGAUCUGCUCACCGAGACGUCGGUGCAGCAAGCCAACAAACAGGUGCAGGUGGAUCUUCAGGAUCUGGGUUAUGAGACGUGUGGUCGCAGUGAGAACGAAGCUGAAAGAGAAGACACCAGCAGCCCUGAGUUUGACGACCUGGAGAUGUGCACGUCACUGUCCCAUCAGCAGGACUAUGAUGGUGCAGGCAACAGCUGGUUCAGUGGUAACUGCAGCAGUAACAGAGGAACUUAUGAAAUGGGGGACGAGGCCUCUGUCCAACAUCUGGUCCUGGAUCUGCGCUCACAGCUGACCCGCUGCCAUAAAGUGAUCCGUGGGCUGCAGCUGCGUGUGCGCUCCCUGUCUGCCACCAGCGACUACGCUUCCAGUCUGGAACGCACACCCCGAAAGGUGAACUGGGCCUUUGAGAAGUCACCAGCCCCCAGCGGCGUGGAGGAGGAUGAGGGCUGGAUGUCUGACCCCCAAGGGAUUCGCUCAGGGCCCAAACCCAGCAGGGAGCUACAGGAGCUGAUGGAACGUGUCACGUCACUGGAGGCACAACUGAAGAGCUCCAGACUGGAGGGGAAAGACCAAGCAGAAGAGAAAUGUGCCACCUGGCCUGGGAAGUACAACUCUCUGAUCCAGGCUCAGGCUCGUGAGCUGUCCCACCUGAGGCAGAGGACCAGAGAGGGGCAGGGGGUCUGCCAUAUCCUCACCCAGCACCUGGGAGACACCACAAAGGCCUUCGAGGAGCUGCUGCGAGCGAACGAUAUUGAUUACUACAUGGGUCAGAGCUUCAGAGAGCAGCUGGCUCAGAGCUCUGCCCUGGCACAGAGAGUGGUCACCAAGAUCAGCGGACGCGACCAAGCAGACAGCCAUGAUGACAAAGCGGGCCACGAGCUGCUCGCCCUGAGGUUGAGUAAAGAGCUGCGGCAGAAAGAUAAAAUCAUUGAGUCGCUUCACACCAAGCUGCAGGAGCGUCCUGAGACCCCGUCCAGCUGCCACGCCCUCUCCGAGACCACCGACCAAUCAGACAGGACCUCCUUGGUGUCCGACGAGUGCAGGACCAAUGAGGACCUAGACCUGUGCUCGGAUUUAGACAGCAGAGAGUAUCAGGAGGAGCACCGGCUGCAGCAGCCAGGACACCGAUCAGAACCAGACAUCCGUCCAUCUUUCCCUCCUCCUCAUGGCCUCCUCAAGUCCUCCAGCAGCUGUCCCAACAUGCAUUGCUAUGCCCCUGUGGCUUUCACCAGUCAGACCUCCAGAGCCCUUUUCGGUGAACCUGUUUCCCCCUUCUUCCCUGUCCCCCCUGGCCCUGAUGUCUGGGGUAAGGGAAUCCCUUCUGACCCCUGGCCCAGGGCCCUGUCUGUGAUCGCUGUUCGCCCAGAGCUGGACGCGCUGUACAAACGGAUGAAUGAGCAGAACAGGGGCUUUGCACUUCCCCAUGACAAGACCCUGUUCACUCCCUUCAACAACCAAAGCCAGCACGACCACUCCAGCUACAGCCUGCUUUCCCAUCAUGCCUUUCAACAGCACCAGCUGGGUGGCAUCCCUGAAGGCCACUCUUUUAAAUUUGACUCAGGUCCAGUGUCAGGCGGGAAUUUGUGGGACAUGGAGAACCGGGUUCAGCAAGUUGGAAGCUUUCCUGGAUCAUCUGGGCACCAGCCAGGAAGCAGCCACACAGGUGUGAAUUUGAUAGAGGAGCACCUGCGGGAGGUGAGGUGUCUCCGUCAGCGUCUGGAAGAGUCCAUCAGGACAAACGAGAGGCUCCGCCAGCAGCUGGAAGAGAGACUGGCCAGCAGCGGGCGAGAUGGAGGGGCACCAACAAACAUCUACAUUCAGGGACUGGAUACAGUUCCUCAACUGUCCAACGAGAUCAGAGUCCUGAAGCAAGACAACCUGGUUCUCCAGUCUCGCCUGCAGGCCAGCACCGGUACUGAGUCUGAAAUCCAACUGAAGUCUUUUCCUCUGUUUUCUUUUUGUGUUUUAACUCGUGUGGACUCUCCUCGUCCCUCAGACACGUGUGAGGAGGUUGUGCAGUUGCGGGAGGCCGUGUUUACGGCACGGGCCCGUCUGAAGCAGGCUGAGCUGGAGGCCGAGCAGUGGAAGGAGGAGCUGAGACGCCUUCAGACUCACAGUCAGGAGCAGGGACAGCAGAUACACACCCUGAGGCAGGAGCGACAGGACAGUCAGGAAAGAACCAACAGGCUCCAGCAUGAGGUUUGUCUCCUGCAGCAGCAGCUAUGUGAGAGCAGGGAGCUCAUCCACUCACUGCAGAGUGAACUGCAAGUUUACGAUCGAGUGUGUUCCAGCACAAAGGCCAGCAAAGGCUACCUGUGUCAGCUCCCAGGUCUGCCAGUGGAGCUGGGGGAGCUGCUGGGGGAGGUGAGGAGUCUGCGGGCCCAGCUGCAAACCAGCGUCCAGGAGAACAGCGCCCUCAAACAACUGGAGCUCCACAAGCAGCUGGAGCAGAAGCUGGGUGCCGGCUCCCCUCGGAUGCCCUCCCUCUCUGCCCUCACCGCCAGCCCUCAGAGAGAAAACUUCUACAGACGUCAGCUGCUGCACGACCCAGCUCCGUCUCCACCAGUCAGGGACAUUGGUCUGUUUAACUGUGGAUCGCCCGGUCCUCCCUACUCAGACCUGGACGACAGCCAUAGCACUGCUAAUGCAGAUACUCUGGACCCUCACUCUGAGCUCGAGGGGGAGGCUCCCGACGGAUCGUUUGCAAACCGAAACGGCCGCCACGCCAUCGGUCAUGUGGACGACUUCAGUGCUCUGCAGCAGCAAGUCCUCGAGGGUCGGAGCCUCGUCCAGCGCAUGGAGACGACCCUGCAGGCCUGCCUGGGCCCACCGCUGCUGGAGAGCCACGAGAAACACAGCAGUGAUCUGGUUCUGGACUAUGGAUAUGUGAAGAGUCUGCUGUCCAACACCAGGACGCUGAGGCAGAUCCUGGAGGAGUCGUUGUCUCUGCUGAAGAUGUUCUGGAGAGCAGCUCUGCCCAGCACUGAUCCCUCCGUCCAAAACCUAAAGAAGGAGCACUGUAUGCACGAAGAGAUCUUGUCCUUGAGACUGCGGAUGUCGGAGCAGGAGGAGGUUCUAAAGGGGACGGUUCAGAGACUGAGGAGCACCAGCCGCACCAAGGAAAACAUGGAGCACUUCAUAGUAAAUCAGUUGUCGAGGACUCGAGAUGUGCUGAAGAAAGCAAGGACAAAUUUAGAGCUGAGGACCCAGGAGGUGCUGCCAGAGUAUGGCCUGCUGAUCGCAGUUUCCUGAAGACCAGCGGUGCCAUUCUGCGUCCGGCCACGAGAAAGCGCAGCAGCGAAUGCCUGCUUUAGACUUUUGAUAAGAACCAGCCUCAACCCUACCAGCUCUCUGACCUCUGUGCUCAAACAGCCAAGACCCCUUAAGCUCCUCCCUGUUUCCUCCCCAGCCUUUGCCAUAAGAGUGCUUCCGUCCAUCCCUCCCUCGCUCCUCUGGGCAACACGUGCACAGCGUUAUCUGCACCUCCAGCCUUACCUCCCACCCUCCCUCCCCCAACUACCACCAUGUUUUAUUGUCUAUGAGUGAUGCUGGCAGCAGUUUACCUCUUGUGUGUGUGUGACAGAAGAAGGUGUGUGAGAUGUGCCUCUGAUGGAUUCAGUGACCUAUGUCCUACUGAUGGAGCUGGUUGAAGAUGCUCUUAAGACGCGGAUCUCAGUCACGAUUUAUCUUUGUUGAUCGGAAAUUGGAGUUAGUUUCAAAAACACACAACAGACCAAGAGUUUGCAUUGGAGAAUUUAAAGAAAUUUUGAGAACUAUUAUAAAAUGAUGUGUCUAUAAGAGCAUCCUCUCCUGACAGCCAGACAGCCUGUGGACAGACAAGUUGUACAUGCAUGUUUGAAAUGGCCUGUGGGGGAAUUCUGCACAUAUGUACACACAUAUCUAUGUAUGUGUGUGUGUGAUCGAACACAGCUCACUCAUAGACAAGACACCCUCAACCACCACUGCCACAAAAAUGUUUACCAUCCCCCCCCGGUGGCACUCCUACUAAGAAGGACAUCUUCUUUUUUUUGUGCAAAUGCAAUGCAAAGAACAAUGACGCCCACAAUGUAUCACUAGUCGACACAGUGGAGGAAUGUAGAGGAGGUGGGCGAUCACUGCUACGUAGAUCAAGUGUAGGAAGCUCAUGAAUGAUAUGUCAGCCAAGGGUUGUGAAUAAUAGAAGAAGAAGCCAGAGGACGGUUCCAUUUCAGUCACAAGACUAGGUCUUUUGCUCCUGACGGAGCUUUUCGGCACCAAAGUGCGGCUGUAAGAGAAAACAGUUGAGUUGAAUUACUUAAAUUCUCGAGGCCACUUUCUGUUCGGUUGGAUGUGAUUUCUACAAAGAGGUCAAAGUGCUCAAAUGGAACCAGGCUAAACGCGUAUUCAAGCUCCUCUGUAGGAGUUCUCAUACGAGCAUGUGCAAUAAUAACGUUUUUUCUUUAAUGAUCAUGCUGCACCAGGUUAUUAUUAUUAAUAUUUCUUUGCCUGACACUGGAUUAUUAGUCACACUCAUUAUAUUAUGACACUAUCAGUGUAAUGACUGUACUUUUUUUUCUGGAGUGUUGAUGCAUGAAAGAGAGUGAUAAAUGGAAAAAGAAAUCUGAGCUAUGGAACAGUGGAUUGGCCAUCCUUGCCGAAGUUUGAAAUUGGAACUCUGAUUUCACUUUGACUUGCCGUAUCCAUGCGAAUGACGAACUGUCUAAACAAACUUUUUAUGAUGCGGAUCUAGAGCCACAGAGACGGUAACCGUUAACACGCGUGGUUUGAUUUAUUUUUCGAAUUGUGCGACAAUUUGGACCAAAACUUAACAGCGGAUUUUUUCUGCUUUAGUCUUUAUGGUCUUUCUUUUUAGUUCAGGCCGUCUUAACAUUCCCAUGGUAAUGGCAAUAUAGGUUAUCGAGUUCUUAUAGAUGACAAACUUUGGCAGGGUAUUGGUGCAAUCGUUGUUCUGUAAUUCACUCACUCCAAUCACUUCAAUUUCACAUUUAGUUUGAUGUGUUGUCUUGCUGUACAUUUGCCAUUUUAUGCUGUAAAUAACCAGCUUUUUCUGUAUGAACUUCUUUUUGCGUGUGUGUGCGUGUGUGCACGUGUGUGUGACUGAGUGUGUGUAUGAAAAAACAUCCAACAUUUGCUUUUUGCAAAGUUGAUCAUCUGGGUAGCUGUGCAAUAGCUUUAUGUAUUUUAUUUUGAUGUUAAACCUCAUUGUAUCACACGUUUGCCACAUUCACCCCCUGCGGUGUAUGAGUCAUAUGCAGUGUGUGUUAAAGGAUUGUGUCACUUUGACUCGAUUAGUCACAUAGAUAGGAAAUCAUCAGCAAAGCCUUCAUGACAUGUCACAGUAUUGUUCACAGAUAACAAAGCUCUGGUUAAUGUUGCUUUGCUCGCCUUUAACUUUAGCCCCAGAGCUUCUACAGCCUGCUCUCCGUGGUAGAAAUGGCCUUGAACCAGUGCUUGUCUAUCUGGAAUCUGCCAAUUUAGGUUUUAUUUGCGCUCGAGUCCUCUGAAAAAGACAAAAGUUGCCAAGUAUUUCAAUAGUUUCAUAUUUCCUAACGAAGUUAAUGAAGUUAAAGGGAAAAUGUUUUAAAGAUUUGUCUACUGUAAAAAAAAAACAGAAAAGCCAAUGACUGGAUCGAUUGUGAAACGCUGGAUCCACAAAGCACCUUUUUAGAGCGUAAACAAGGCCUUAUUGCGAUUUAAUAAGAAGGGAAUCAAACGGCAGUUUGAGACGAUGUAUUGCUGGUCUUGAGUUGCGUAUGUAUAUACUGCUUUUUGAUUGGUGCAGCUUUUAUGUGAGUGGAAAGCAGAUUUUUCAAAUCUUGUGUAAAAUGAACUAGAAAGCCGAUGCAGGACCUAUAUGGAUCCUGUCUCUGAUGACAGUUAACAGUGUGUUGUGUUGGCACAAGUAUUAGCAAUGAAAGAUUUUGGGAAAGAAUAAAUAAAACACUUAAAAUCU